AUGGCCGCCCUAAGCAUUGGCAUCGCCACCACCAGCUCAGCCUUACUUACAAGGCCGACACCGCGUAGUUCGAGGCCUACCAGAAUUUCCUGCAUUGGAUGGGACCCAGAAGGUGUAUUGGGGCCGCCGCAGACGGGCCAUUUGGCCCGAAUAGAGUUCAAGAGGCGGAUGGAAAGAGACGCCGAUGCUCGAGAAGCCUUCGAGCGCCAAGUCAUUGAAGAAAAAGAGCGCCGUAGAGCUCUUAGAGAAUCUCGGGCUGAGCCGGAUACUGCAGAGGAGUUGAUCGAGUACUUUCUCAACACUGAGGCACAGGAAAUUGAGUUCGAGAUUUCGAGGUUGAGGCCACGAUUGGACAAGGAAUUUUUCUCACACCUUCAAUAUGAGCUAGGUCAGCUUCGGUUUGCUGUUUCAAAAACUCAGGAUAUAGAGGAUAGAUUGAUUGAGCUGGAAGCACUGCAGAAGGCCCUGCAGGAAGGAACAGAGGCAUAUGACAAAAUGCAAACUGACCUCAUUAAAGCAAAGCAGAGUCUAACCAAAGUCUUGACUUCAAAGGAUGUAAAAGCAACUUUACUAGAGAUGGUUGAGCGCAAUGAACUUAAUAGAUCCUUCUUGACACUUCUUGAUGAAAACAUUGCAAACGCACACAAGGGCAACCAGAAGCAAGCAGCUGAUUUCAUGGAAAAGCUUCGUGGGGCUGUUCUCAAGUACAUGACAGUUUAG